AAGAGAAGAGAAGCACAAAAAAAGAGAGAUGGGUUUACGUUGUUCUAUCUCAAUCCUUCUAUCCCUUGCUUUCACUUCCAUCGCUACAGCAGCUUUCAACGUUACUACUAUUCCAUUCCAAGAAGGUUACAGUCCUCUUUUUGGUGAUUUCAAUCUCCACCUUUCGCCGGACGGCAAGAACGUCGACCUACACCUCAACCGAUACAGCGGGUCGGGUUUUAUUUCCUCAAAUCUCUACAACCAUGGAUUCUUCAGUGCCAAUAUCAAACUUCCGGCUGAUUACACCGCCGGCGUUGUUGUCGCUUUCUAUACAUCGAACGGAGACGUGUUUGCGAAGACACAUGAUGAGCUAGAUAUUGAGUUCUUGGGGAACAUAGAUGGGAAAGAGUGGAGGUUUCAAACGAACGUGUAUGGAAAUGGAAGCACCAACAGAGGACGGGAAGAACGGUACUACCUAUGGUUCGACCCAACAAAGGAUUACCACCGUUACAGCAUUCUCUGGACCAAUCAAAACAUCAUCUUCUACGUUGAUGAGGUCCCAAUCAGGGAGGUGGUGCGCAGCGACGCCAUGGGCAGCGACUACCCGUCAAAGCCCAUGGCACUAUACGCGACGAUAUGGGAUGCAUCGAAUUGGGCCACUUCGGGUGGCAAGUACAAGGUGAAUUACAAGUAUGCCCCUUUUGUUGCAGAGUUCAAAGAUCUUACCCUACAAGGUUGCCCCGUCGACCCGAUCCAACAGGUUCCCAAUGCUGGUUGCUCCGAGAAGAACGAUGAAUUAGAGAAAACCGACUAUGCGAUCAUUACCCCGGCACGCCGGUCGGCUAUGAGGAAAUUCCGGCAGAAUUAUAUGUAUUACUCUUAUUGCUAUGAUACUCUCCGGUACCCGGUCGCUCUACCGGAGUGUGUCGUGGAUCCGUUGUUAAAGCGGAAGUUCAAGAACUCCGGGAGGGUUAAGUUCGGUGGUCGACACCAUCGUCACUCCAAGAAGAAUCGGAUUCCUUCUUCCCAUAACUCGGUAGAUAUGUAA